AUUUUGGAGGAAAGUUUGGGAUUUGUAGACCUGGGGAGGUGCAGGAGGAGGAGGAGGAGGAGAAGGGAGAAGAAGAAGAAAAGAGGAGAAGAAGGAGGAAAAAAGAGGAAGUGGAAGGAAAAAGAGAGGAGGGAUUUGCACUGAGGGGAACUUUGACACGAAUGCACAACGCAGGCAGUGUGUGGCGCUUGGAAUAACACACAAGUGUGCGUGCCAGUGCGGGAUAAACCAGUCUGGGCUUGGCACGGCUUGAGUUUAGGUGUGCCACCAGGCUGGACUUUGAAGUUAUUAAAAUCGUGGAAUAACACGCGCAGCUCCGGAGCUGAUCAUUUCCCUGCACCGCAGCAGCAGCAGCAGCAGCAGCAGCUCCUGCCUGCGCGGAAACUGGGUGUUUUUUUGCAUGGAGUUUGGCGCACGGGCAGGUCCCAGCUGGUGAACGCUGCAUUUCGACACUUUCCACCUUCCGUCACAGCGGUCAGCCAGCGCGGUGCACGCCGGGGCAGGGAGCCUCUGUGUCGGGGAGCUACAGCACGGAGUGUCGGCAAACGGACGGCGCUUUUUUUUCUGGAUCUUACUCGCUUUCUGUGGUUUUACUUUUUUAACCCGGGUGUCCUGUCUGGGCUUUUAUUAGUUGCCCCCGCAGUGUUGUUAUGUUCGUGCCGGCUGCCCCUGACAGUUAGUUUGCAGGUUUGUUUCUGCUCGGAGGGGAACUUGCUGUCGUCGUGGAGGGAUUUUUCCUCUUCUUCAGCCCCGACUUGGAGCCGUGACAGCGGGCUUUAACUGGCGGAAUAAUCAAUAAAAAGGAAGCCCCCCCUCCUCCUCCUCCUCCCUGUCCUGUGUGAGGAGUGUAUGAGGCUAACACAGAAGUAGCUGCGUGCCGAGCCGAGCCAGACCAUGCCAGUCAGAAAGAAAGAUGCACAGCGAGCCCUGCUGCUGCUGGAGGAGUACCGGGCCAAGCUGCAGCACGCCGAGGACCGGCAGCUCCGACACUCCAUCCAGAGGGUCAUCGACAUCUUCCAGAGCAACCUCUUCCAGGCUCUCAUAGAUAUCCAGGAAUUUUACGAAGUGACCUUAUUGGACAGUCAGAGAUGGGUGGAGUCGCCCAAGGCGGCGGACCCCAUGGCGCCCGUCAACCUGUGGGACUUCUCCAGCCUUCAAAGCGCAACGGUGACUUCGGACACUCUGCCCAGCCUUAGCACCAGCAUCGAGAAGUACAGGCACCACGAUGAGGACUCGUCCCCCCAGGACCAGAGCUCCCCACAGCUGACGGAGGAGGCAGGGGCGGCGGAGCUGGUCCAGGUAGCAGAGAAAAACCUUUCCCAGAUCGAAAAUGUGCACGGAUACGUCACCCACGCUCACAUCUCACCCAUGAAGGUAGCGUCUCUGGAGUGCAUCUUUGACGGCUCUUCUGUGUUAGGACAGCACCUCCCGGAGCUCCCCUCCCCUACGCCCUCCACUCUCUAUCCCCACGGCGAGGACAGCCCCCUCCCCUCCUGCUCCUCCAACCCCUACCCCCCGAUCCAGGCCAAUCCUCCCCCCGUGGUGGUCAACGCAGACAGCCUGGACACGCCUCCGUAUGUGAACGGGACGGAGGCUGAUUAUGAGUACGAGGAGAUCACGCUGGAGAGGGGGAACUCAGGACUGGGCUUCAGCAUCGCGGGCGGCACAGACAACCCCCACAUCGGUGAAGACCCCAGCAUCUUCAUCACCAAAGUGAUACCUGGAGGAGCCGCUGCCCAGGACGGACGGCUCAGGGUCAACGACGUCAUCCUGAGAGUCAACGAGGUGGACGUCCGGGACGUGACCCACAGCCGGGCCGUGGAGGCUCUGAAGGAGGCCGGCUCGCUGGUCCGACUCUACGUCCGCCGGAGGAAACCCGUCUCUGAGAAAGUGAUGGAGAUCAAGCUGGUGAAAGGACCCAAAGGUCUGGGCUUCAGUAUAGCAGGCGGAGUGGGGAACCAGCACAUCCCGGGCGACAACAGCAUCUACGUGACCAAGAUCAUCGAAGGAGGAACCGCACAUAAAGACGGGAGGCUGCAGAUCGGAGACAAACUGCUGGCUGUGAACAGUGCUUGCCUGGAGGAGGUGAGCCACGAACACGCCGUCACCGCCUUGAAAAACACUCCGGACGUGGUCUACCUAAAAGUGGCUAAACCCAACAGUGUCUUCAUGAACGACAGCUUCGCCCCGCCCGACCUCACCAACUCGUACUCCCAGCACAUGGAGAACCAUAUCAGCCCCCCCAACUUCCUGGCUCAGACCCUCCCCCCGCCAGCGUCUUCGGGACGCUACUCCCCGACGCCGAAGAGCAUGCUGGGAGAAGACGACGUCACACGGGAGCCCAGGAAGGUGGUGCUGCACAGAGGAGCGACGGGACUGGGCUUCAACAUCGUGGGCGGGGAGGACGGAGAGGGCAUCUUCAUCUCCUUCAUCCUCGCUGGAGGACCGGCCGACCUCUGUGGGGAGCUGAGGAAAGGAGACAGACUCGUGUCCGUCAACGGGGUGGACCUCCGGAACGCCACUCACGAACAGGCCGCCGCCGCCCUGAAGAACGCCGGGCAGACGGUGACCAUCAUCGCCCACUACAGACCAGAGGAGUACAGUCGGUUCGAGGCGAAGAUCCACGACCUGAGGGAGCAGAUGAUGAACAGCAGCAUCAGUUCUGGAUCCGGAUCUUUGCGGACGAGUCAGAAGAGGUCGCUGUACGUCAGAGCGCUGUUUGACUACGAUAAGACCAGAGACUCCGGGCUGCCCAGCCAGGGGCUCAACUUUAAGUUCGGAGACAUCCUCCACGUGGUGAACGCCUCCGACGACGAGUGGUGGCAGGCCAGACAGCUGACGUCACAGGGGGAGGUGGAGGAGGUCGGAGUGAUCCCCAGCAAGAGACGGGUUGAGAAGAAGGAGAGGGCGAGAUUAAAGACGGUGAAGUUCAACGCGAAGUCUCGAGACAGAGGGCAGUCUCUCAAUGACAAGCGUAAAAAGAACCUCUUUUCCCGAAAGUUUCCGUUCUACAAGAGCAAAGAGGCGAGCGAGCAGGAGACCAGCGACGUCGACCAACACGUGACCUCUAACGCCAGCGAUAGUGAAAGUAGCUACCGUGGGCAGGAGGAGUAUGUUCUGUCGUACGAGCCCGUCAGUCAGCAGGAAGUGAACUACACCCGUCCCGUCAUCAUCCUCGGCCCCAUGAAGGAUCGGAUCAACGACGACCUGAUCUCAGAGUUCCCCGACAAAUUUGGCUCCUGCGUCCCCCAUACGACCCGGCCGAAGCGGGACUACGAGGUGGACGGCAGAGAUUAUCACUUUGUGGUGUCCAGAGAGCAGAUGGAGAAGGACAUCCAGGACCACAGGUUCAUCGAGGCGGGCCAGUACAACAACCACCUGUAUGGAACCAGCGUACAGUCGGUCCGAGAGGUGGCCGAGAAGGGUAAACACUGCAUCCUGGACGUGUCGGGGAACGCCAUCAAGAGACUGCAGCUGGCUCAGCUUCACCCCAUCGCCAUCUUCAUCAAACCCAAAUCUGUGGAGAACAUCAUGGAGAUGAACAAGCGUCUGACGGAGGAGCAGGGCAGGAAAACCUUCGACAGAGCCACCAAGCUGGAGCAGGAGUUCACCGAGCAUUUCACAGCCAUCGUUCAGGGCGACACUCUGGAGGAGAUCUACGAUCAGGUGAAGCAGAUCAUCGAGGAGCAGUCGGGUCCGUUCAUCUGGGUCCAGUCCAAGGAGAAGUUAUGAGGAUCAAAACGCUGUCCGCUCCAUCGCUCCUCUCUUUAGAUUCACUUUGUUUUAUUUUGAAAAGUCGACCUGCAGACGGCAGCCUUACCCCCCCACCCUCCCUGAUCUAUGUCUCGACACAGCGGCUGACCAGAGUGAUGUUUUCUUUUCUAUUUUUUUGCCUGAUAAGACUCCAUGUUGGGUUUCCUGACCAGCAGAGUAAAGCACACAGGAAGUCUGCCGACACCACACUCGACACGGUACAGCUCCUUAAUGUUUAAGGGAGGAGAACUAACCAGGACGGGAAGAAGACGAGUCCACCAAAGUGGCGAGAAGACACGUACGAUUUUAUCUUUAGUUUGUUUUUGUUUUGUGGGUUUUUCUCCCUUUUUUUUGGUCUUGUAAGGUGAGCGGCGACGGACGGACGGAGUUUCAGUCUCAGGCAGCGUCUGUCGGUCCGGAGGAAGGCGGUGACACAAAAAAGCAAAACUUUGCACGUUUGAGCUUUAACAGCAUGUCAUUUAAUACCCCAUUUAUUUCCCAUCAGCCCUUUCACCUCAGCGUCUGACGUCACAGCUUUUCUUCUUCUGUUCUGCUCAUUUGAUCACUUUUACUCUUUUUUUUUUGUACACGAGUCGUUUAGUUUAACUCUUUCUGCUCCUCGCUGCUGCAGGACGUUUGUCGGGACGCUCUGCAGGGUUCCUGCUCUGCUGCUAGGGGGCGCUGUGGGGCUUCACACUGACGUCUGGGUGUUUUUAAAGAUUACAUUUCAGCUUGUUUUCAGUUCAUUCAUUUAGAUUUUAGACAUUUAGCUUUACCCCCAUUUGAAGAGGUCAGAGGUCACGGCAUCGUAAUUCUACCUACACUGAAAAACAUCUAUAGCCUAUAACCUCCUCAAGUCGUUCUGUCUGUAAACGAGUCAGUUUCUUUAAAAAAAAAAACAAAACAAAAGGAGAAUAUUUCACAAUAUUGUUUUACUCAAGAAAGAGGAGAACAAGAGAGAGUUUUGCGCUCGUCAAGAGAAAUAAACGCGUUUUUCAGAAGGACUCUGUAUUCACCAAAGACAAAGAAAGACUGGAGACAUUUACCACAAAUUUAUUGUCUUAAGAAAACAUGAUAAUGAGAAACCUUUCCUGAUAGCAAAAAAAUCAUAAUUAAAGUAAAAGUAAAGAAUAUUGUCUAUCAAGAGAUUGUUUUCUUGAAGUAAUGAAAUACAAUUAUAUGAAUACAUAAAGAAGUACAAAAAUAUUUAUUAUUAAGAGAUAACAAAUGUUAUAAUUAGAAGUAAGACAUAAUAGGAAAAGUAUCUUAUAAUCACAAGCAAACCAAAAAUUACUGAGAAAAAAGUGAUUUUUUCAUAUUUACGGAAAAAUUUGAUAUGUGAAAAUGCAUAAUGACAAGAAAAG